AUGGCAGCUCCCAAUUACUGUGACAAGGACAAUAUAAGGGGAGAGGCUUUCGUGCUCCUCAUCAGCCUGGCCGUCUGCAGGAAGGAGGCUUGGCCCCUCCUCCCGCUCCCACUGGCACUGCAGGAUGAAGCCCCAGGCCCAGAGCAGGCUUGCAGGGCAGGCACCCUGGAGCAGCUGGUGGAGCGAUUGGUGCCUGCCCAGCUGACCGGGGACCGCUUCUUCACCCCUAUCUUCUUAUCAACUUACCGAAAAUUUGCCACCACCCAGCAGGUUCUGGACCUGCUCUUCCACAGGUGAGAUGAGAUCCACCCUUUUGCCAGCCAGGACGACAUGCAACAGGACCAACUCCGAAAUGCCAUCUCUUCUGUCCUGGCCAUGUGGCUGGACCAGUACUGGGAGGACUUCUGCCAACCACCACAGUUUCCCUGCCUCAAGCAACUCCUGGCUCACCUGAAGCUGCACGUGACAGGCACAGAUGUGGAGUGCCGAGCCCAGCUUCUCCUGGCUCAGAUGGAGGCCCAAGAGCACAACCGCGGACAGCCUGAUGGGCCCACGGGGCAAGGGCUGAGCAAGGAGAAGCUUCCUGUCUUGUCAUUCCCUCCACACCUGGUGGCCGAGCAACUCACCUGGAUGGAUGCGGAGCUGUUCCAGAAGGUGGUGCCCCACCACUGCCUGCACUCCGUCCUUUCCCAGAGGGACCCAAAGGACAUGGAGAGCUUGGCCCCCACCAUCCGGGCCCCCUUCACCCAGUUCCAGCUUGUGUCCUCCUGCGUGGUGACCACCUGCCUCGGGGAGCCCAGCACGCAGGCCUCCUCCAGAGCGCGGGUGCUGGAGCAUUGGAUCCGGGUGGCCAUGGCAUGCCGAGUCCUGAGGAACUUCUCCUCCCUGCACGCCAUCCUCUCUGCCCUGCAGAGCCCCGCCAUCCAGCGCCUGCAGACCACAUGGCAAGCGGUCUCCAGAGACAGCUUGCGGGUAUUCCACGAGCUCUCCCUGAUCAUUUCUCCUGCAUGCUGCUACUUCAGGACCAAAGUGCUGCUCUUCCAGGAGCCCUGCGAGUUUGCUCCCAAGCAGAAGAAGGGCAAGAGGGGCCAGACACAGUGUGAGGAGAGGGUUAGGAUCAAGUGCACCGUUCCCUACCUGGAAACAUUUCUAUCAGACUUCAGGAUGAUUGAAUGUGCCUUUAGGGACUUCCUGGAUGAAGGAGUCAUCCAUUUUGAGAAAUUGCAGAAGGAAUAUGCAAUCAUGGAGCAACUGAAGCAGCUCCAGUCGAGCUGCAGCUACGACAACAUCAUCCCAGAUCAAGCUUUUCUGGCCUGGUUCAGGGGCCUGGAGCGGCUCAGCGAGGAAGCCAGCUGCCAGGCACAGAGCCCUGGCCUCAGGCCCAGCAGCAGCUACCAGUCCAAGUCUCCGGAGCAGGAGAAGUGUGGCCCUGAUAGCAGCAGCAGCGCAAACAACACUGAAGUGUGCUCAGACAGCAAUGUGCAUUCACAUGGCUCCUCCAGCUCCUCCCCACAGCUGCACAGGAACCUCCUGGGAGAAUCCGGGGGAGAGCAGGCCAAGGGAUCAUCCUGGCAGUCUACUCGAGGGACUCUCGACAACUUGGGCUGUCCCACACAGUCAUCAGCCAUUGACUGUAGCCCACCCGGGACCACUACUGACAACAGUCAGAGCUGCGUGUCACAGGUGACCAGUGACGGCUCUUCCAGGCCUCCGUCUAACAGGCAGGGAGACUCCUGUGUCAUCUCGGUGAUCCUGCCCGUGGAAAACAGAUGUUUAUGCAGAAGCCUCGUGGUGACCAACCAGGAGAGGACCCGAGAUGUCAUCCUCAAGGCCAUGAAGAGAUUCAAGGUGCGCGGAUACAGGCCAGAAGACUUAGAGCUGGUGCAGAUCAUCUCCCAGGAUCAAAAACUGAGGAUCCCUGAUGAUGCCAAUGUUUUUUAUGCCUUGAAGACUAUGGACAACUACCAGGUGGUGCUUCGCAAGGAUCCCCUCAAUGCCUUGGGCACCCUCUGCCAUCAUGCUCUAGCUGCCUCUCCAAAUGGUGACCUGGCAUUUGGGCCUCUGCUGCAGGUCACUGCCACCUGUGCACCCGUGUCCUCCUUUGGUGGAAACUGA